AUGUGGGAUCUCGUGACUGCUAUUUUAGAAAUGGGAGUUCCAGCAUUUUUUCGUUGGCUGAGCAGAAAGUACCCAUCCAUUGUUGCCAACUGCGUCGAAGAAAAAAACAAAGGCGUAGACAAAGAGACUGUGCCAAUCGACUGCACACAACCGAAUCCCAAUGGCAUUGAAUUCGAUAAUCUUUACUUGGAUAUGAACGGGAUUAUCCAUCCUUGUUGUCAUCCCGAGGACAAGCCAGCGCCUACAAAUGAAGACGAAAUGAUGAUAGCAAUAUUUGAAUAUAUCGACCGGUUGUUUUCUAUUAUUCGUCCUCGAAGGCUAUUGUACAUGGCGAUCGAUGGAGUCGCACCAAAAGCGAAGAUGAAUCAGCAGCGUUCUCGUCGGUUCAGAGCUGCCAAGGAGAGCCAAGACAAAACUGAGGCGAUCGCCAAGAUUCGUGCUCAGCUUGAAGCACGUGGCAUACCUUUGCCUCCUGAGAAGAAAGGGGAACAUUUUGACUCGAACUGUAUUACUCCGGGUACACCGUUUAUGUCGCGUCUGGCUGUGUGUCUCAAGUAUUACAUUCAUGAUCGAAUGAACAAUGAUCCUUCGUGGAAGGGAAUCGCUAUCAUAUUGUCAGAUGCAAAUGUCCCUGGAGAAGGUGAACAUAAGAUAAUGGACUUCAUUCGCAGACAGAGGGCUUCUUCAACUCAUGACCCAAACACGCACCACGUUUUGUGUGGAGCCGAUGCUGAUUUGAUUAUGCUUGGAUUAGCCACACACGAGCCAAAUUUUACUAUAAUUCGGGAGGAAUUCAUACCCCAGCAGCAGAGGCCGUGCGAAUUAUGUGGACAAUAUGGUCACGAAAUGAAGGAUUGCCAGGGUUUAGCAAGCUUGCCUACUGAUGAAUAUGACGAUUUGGCAAAGCCUUUCGAAAAGCAAACAAAUUUCAUUUUUAUUCGCCUGUCGGUUCUGCGUGAAUAUCUAAAGCGUGAUCUGGCGAUGCCGAAUUUGCCCUUUACGUAUGACUUUGAGAGAGUUUUGGAUGACUGGGUGUUUAUGUGCUUUUUCGUAGGAAACGACUUUCUACCUCAUCUUCCUUCACUGGAAAUACGGGAGGGAGCUAUCGAUCGCCUAAUCAAGCUUUACAUGCAGUGUGUGUAUAAAACUGGGGGUUAUCUGACGAGCAGCGGGUCAGUGAAUCUGAAUCGUGUUCAAGUCAUACUCUCUGAGCUAGGAGGAGUCGAAGACGAAAUUUUUCGCACGCGGCAACACACCGAGAUGGAAAGAAAGAGAAAAGAAAAGAUGAGGAAAUUGCAAGUGAGAGGAUAUGGUGGUCCGUCUUACAUACCUUCCAACGACUUCUCUCCGAUGGUUCUGUGGGAAAGCGGUUGGAAAGAAAGGUACUAUCAGUCAAAAUUCGAGGUUCCUUUGAGUGAUCAAGUAUUUCGCAAGAAAGUCGCUCAUGCUUAUGUCGAAGGCUUAUGUUGGGUGUUGAAAUAUUAUUAUCAGGGUUGUCCUAGCUGGACUUGGUUUUAUCCGUUUCAUUAUUCUCCUUUUGCGUCGGAUUUCACCAAUAUUGGUGACAUGAAGAUUGAAUUUCCAAAGGACACCCAUCCGGUUGCACCUUUAGAACAGCUAAUGAGCGUUUUGCCUGCAGCAAGCAGGGCACAUUUGCCACAGCUCUGGGCGGAUCUGAUGAUCAGAGAAGUAUGUGACGUAUAA